CUGCGGCCGUGUGGGGGCGGCGCGGAGCUGCUGGGCUCCUCGGCCUGCGGCGGCCCCCGGCGCGGCCCUCAUGCGGCGCUCUCUCUGACCCUGGCAGGCAGCCGCUCUCGGGCCUCCGCCGCCGGCUUGGGGCUGCAGUCGUCGUGGUGCGGGCCCAUGGAGCCGGCCAGGCGCGGCGGCCGCGGCGCGCCCCGGGGGCCGGUGUUGCACAUUGUGGUGGUCGGCUUCCACCACAAGAAAGGCUGCCAGGUUGAAUUCUCUUACCCACCCCUGAUUCCGGGAGAUGGACAUGCCAGCCAUGCUGUACCUGAAGAAUGGAGAUAUUUGCCCUUCCUUGCCUUGCCAGAUGGUGCACACAAUUACCAGGAAGAUACUGUGUUUUUUCACUUGCCACCCAGAAAUGGAAAUGGAGACACAGUAUAUGGUAUCUCUUGCUAUCGACAAAUUGAAGCCAAGGCACUGAAAGUAAGGGAAGCCGACAUCACCAGAGAGACCGUUCAGAAAAGUGUGUGUGUUCUCAGCAAGCUGCCUCUCUAUGGCUUACUUCAAGCAAAACUUCAGCUCAUUACACAUGCAUAUUUUGAAGAGAAGGACUUUUCCCAAAUUUCCAUUCUAAAGGAGCUUUAUGAACACAUGAAUAGUUCCUUGGGAGGAACUCCGUUAGAAGGGUCCCAAGUGUACCUUGGUCUGUCUCCUCGAGAUCUUGUCCUUCAUUUUCGACACAAGGUCUUAAUCCUAUUUAAAUUAAUUCUUCUGGAAAAAAAGGUUCUUUUUUAUAUCUCUCCAGUGAACAAAUUGGUGGGUGUGCUGGUGACUGUGUUGUCCCUCUUUCCAGGCAUGAUUGAGCAUGGUCUCCGUGACUGUUCGCAGUACAGACCCCGAAAAAGCACCUCUGAAGACGCUGGGCUUCCGGACAGUGAUCUCCCUGCAGAUGACCCUCUUCCUGGGUCAGGCUCUGCUGCGGACUUUUCAAAGGCCAGUCUGGGAACUGCCAAGAGAAUUGUGGCAGGAAACCAUGGAGGAGGUGCUGCCAUUGAGACUGAGGAGCCUUUGCUCCAUGGAGCAGAGCACAGGGAAAGACAGGAACCAGACAACACCAGUCAGCAUUUGAAACCUCCACCUCGUCCAUCUCCAGAGUCUUCAGAAAGUGACUGGGAAACCUUGGACCCUGGUACCUUAGAGGAGCCCAGUUCGGAAGAAAGGGGACAGGUGGGGUCAGACCAGACAGACUUGCUUCCAAAGUACUCAGUGCUCUCAGACAGCCCUCCCAUCACUGUACAGCCUCAGGCUAACACAGGCCAAGUGGUACUGACACCAGGACUCGUUUCAGGCUUGGAGGAGGACCAGUACGGCAUGCCCCUGGCCAUCUUCACAAAGGGAUAUCUCUGCUUGCCCUACAUGGCCCUGCAGCAGCACCACCUUCUCUCUGAUGUCACCGUUCGGGGAUUCGUUGCUGGAGCUACUAACAUCCUUUUCCGACAACAGAAACACCUCAGUGAUGCCAUUGUGGAAGUCGAGGAAGCUCUGAUCCAGAUCCAGGACCCCGAGCUCAGGAAGCUGCUUCACCCGACCACCGCGGACCUCAGGUUUGCAGAUUUCCUGGUGAGGCACGUGACUGACCACCGGGACGAUGUCUUCCUCGAUGGCACUGGCUGGGAGGGAGGCGACGAGUGGAUCCGGGCCCAGUUUGCUGUCUACACCCAUGCCCUCCUGGCUGCCACGCUGCGUCUAGAUAGUGAAAAGAUACUGUCGGACUACGGGACCACUUUUGUUACAGCGUGGAAGAAUACUCACAACUACAGGGUAUGGAACAGCAACAAGCACCCAGCACUUGCAGAAAUAAACCCCAACCAUCCAUUUCAAGGGCAGUACUCCAUGUCAGACAUGAAGUUAAGAUUCUCACAUUCUGUUCAGAAUAGUGAACGUGGCAAAAAAAUUGGAAACGCCAUGGUCACAACCAGCAGGAAUGUGGUACAAACAGGAAAAGCUGUGGGCCAGUCAGUUGGAGGAGCUUUUUCCAGUGCGAAGACAGCGAUGUCCUCAUGGCUUUCAACCUUCACCGCCUCUGCCCCUCAGAGUCUCCCCGAGCCCCCCGAUGGGAAGCCCUGAGCCGAGCCAGAGGCCAUGUCCUUUCCGGGUGUGAGUGCCCCUGGCCACCCGGGCCUGGGCAGGUGCGCUGUGUGUGGAGCCUGCAGGCGCUGAGGAGGCAGCCCGGCCACGGCGGGGACACUCGGGGACCCCAGGUCAACCACUUUCCCUUCAUUCUGAGCCGGAGACUCGCAGUGAACCUUCCAGUGAUUCCUAAGUUCUGAGAUUGUGCAUCUGUUCACUUGAGAAAAAUGUGUAUGUAAAUUUUGUUCUGUUUUGCAGUCUGAAUAUAUAGAUGCCUGUUAUAAUUUACAUUUGCUAAAAUUAAGUUAUAUUACUAUUCCUAAUUUCUCCAAUGUUAACUGUAAAAUGUGCUUAUCAAGGUAAAGGGCCGUAAACCGUUUGAGCUCUGGGAUUUCUGUUGCCGGUCCACAAAGCACACUGACCCUUUCACUCCCAAGCACUGCAAGCCGGCGGGAGUGGCGUGGGGCUUCUGCUUCAGGGCGGGUUUGUUCUCUGAGAAGUCCCGUGCCAGCGUCACCUGUUGUCUGUAAGGAAUGCUGGGGUUCCAGGUUACGUUGGCUUUAUCCUGUACGAAACAGUUACUGUGAGUGAGUAGUAACCCUAAGGCAUGCGAAGUGAACAUAGGGCGUAAUCUGAACCUCUCAGUUUCCUAAUUUGUGUUUGAACACAACUCCAGCACACCUAAAAGCAUGCUUCUGUUUGAGCAUAAUAACUCGAAACUCAGCGGAUACAGUGAGGGCUCACCAUGAGAACCCCAUUGAUUCCCUCCUAAGUAACAGCAGGAAACCCUGAAAGGUUCUCUAGGUUGUGCUGAGACCAUCAUCCCAGGGCUGCACCGAAGGUUGGAGUGCGGUGGUGUGCUCCGGUGUGCUUGUCGCCCCUCGGGCCAGCAGCUUGCUGUACGUGUGGCCUAGCGCCCCCUAGGGCCCACCCAGCCAAGAGGCUGAGGACCCUUCCACUGGUACCGGACUGGUGUUUGGGGUGGAGUCCCGUCUCUUCAGAAGCAGUCCUGCCGAUAGCUUUUAAUCCACAAAGUCACAUGAAAUUACAUUUUGCUCACUGGUUCUCCAUUUGAAUGUGUAUUUUGAGUCUUCUACUCAUACUUUUAGUUGUUUAAUUCUCAAAGUGGACACUUCGGCGUUCAGCAUAAAAUGAGCACCUCAGAAGAGAGGUGCUGUCGAGACCCACCUGUGCUUCGUGGGAGAGGGAAGUUCUGAGGCCAUUGCUGAGGGCAGGGUGCCUGGCCCUUGCGAGCCCACACGCCUUGGGCUAGCGGCAGUCACGGGCCAUCUUGUGACAUCACCAGAAAGGGGGUCUGUUGGGGCCUCGCUUUCUGCUGUGAUCCCUGAGGACUUGCGUCCAAGAACUGCCUGACUAGGCCCAGCCUUUGCAGGUAGGCGGGCACAUCUGCAGCCUGUCAGUAGCCUCCGUGCUGCCCACACAACUUAAAAGUAGCAUUUGGAAAAAGACUCCGGUGUGCAUACUCCUUUAGGCACCCUAACGACAGCGGCACGGAGGAGGAGGAGGUACGGCUACAGGCGUGGAGUAGGGCAAGAGGCAGCUGCAAAUCGCAAGGGCUUCCCGUGACCUUGCCUAUGUGCGUGCCUCCUGGGACCAGUGGGAGUAAUCUGUCCCCAGGUCCCCUCCUGAUUCACUGGCCCCCGACCCCUAAAAUAGUUCUCAUUGAUUUUUGCUUUACGUUACAGCAGCUCUUUUUCUUUGGCAGCAAACCGGAGCGUAGGAUGUCGUUUCCUCGGGUGUCUGCUUUCCAAGCUCUGUUACUAAGCAUUUAAUGUUUUUAGAGUAACUUCCUUCAGAAAGCCACAGAGAAAGCAGAUGAGGAGGAGGAAGAGGUGAGUUGUUUCAUGGCUGAGGAACAAGGUACUUAAAGUCUGAAUGAGCAUUUUGAGAGCAGUAUUUAAUCUGCUGAGAGAAUUCUUUAGAGUGAAGUUGGAAUUUUAGUCUGCUGGCUUCAAGUUUCUAUAUGAAGCUGAGGUAGUGCCUCCCUGGCAGGCAGGUGUUGCUGCAGUGUUGUGUUCUGUGGAGAAAACUUUUGGGAGAGUUCCACCCAUUUGCCCUUUUCCAGCCCUCGUCCCUGUCCCUAGCGCAGGCCGGUGGCCCUGCAGGGCGUGGGGACUGCCGUCAGGGUUCGCCUGCGCUCUGGUCGGGUUGGUGCACCGCUCGGGGCUUCCCACUCACGGCGUGACGGCGUUCCAGCCCCUCAGGCUUCUCGGCGCAGGAAGUGCGUUCUGUAAUGUGCAGCCUUCCCGAGACAGAAGGAGGCGUGCGGCUUUAUUCUUUCCAUACCUGUAGCUGCACUUGGCUUCCUGUGUCCAUUACGAAGGAGGCGAGCUCCCUUGUGUGGUGGCUCCACAUUAAAAGACCACGUCUAAGCGUUGGGUAUAUUUUGUAAACUUCUAAAUACAUUUGUAUUUCUGUGCUGUUCAAAAGUUUACCUUUUUACUUAUACUAAUUAACGAUAUAGAAACUGUAUGUUUAAAUCAUGUAAAUUUAGAGGGUUUUCCCAGUCUUGUUUUUUAUCAGCUUCUCACACAUGGUAUGCUGCUGAAAUUUUUUUCUGUGCAAUAUAAACUUCUGAACAUUUCAGUCAGGUACUGAGCCAGAAAAGGUCAUGGAAGUUUUCAAAAAGCUUCUUUGCUUAAAUAUUUUGUUGUUUUUGCAAAAUAUUACUACUUUAUAGCUGGAAAAAUAAGAUCAAGAUUUACAUUUUUAAGCCACUUGGUCAUCAGUUCCUAAAUUUAGGAAGCAUUUGAUUAAUAAGUUGAUGAACGUACCUAGUGGUCACAAAAAUAUAGGUUAAAUGUUUGAGUUUCAAGGCUUUCUACAAACUGUUUCUAAGGAAGUUUAGCUGCGGCAUAUGUUUUGAUCAGAAAGGUUUUCGUUGUUGUUGUUUUUUUGCUCUAGGAUUAUAAUUUGUUCUUUGUUGUCAUUAAAUGUUAAAAUCACAGA